AUGGAGCUAGCGAGAAAAUUUUUUAAGGACGGAAGGGAUGUUGAUUUAGAAGGCCUUAAAACUUGCAUGACAAGUGGAUACUCAUACAUUGAAGGAAUUGAACAUUUGCUUCUUUCCUUAAAGCAAAACAACUAUGAGAUGCAUGCUUUUACAAACUACCCCAUAUGGUACCAGUUGAUUGAAGACAAGUUAGAACUAUCAAAAUAUUUAUCUUGGACAUUUUGUUCGUGUACAUAUGGAAAGAGGAAGCCUGAUACCGAGUUCUUUAUGGAAGCUUUGGAACAUCUUAAAGUUGAUCCAGCAAAUUGUAUAUUUGUAGAUGACAGGAAAAAGAAUGUGGAGGCAGCAAUAGAAGUUGGAAUCAAAGGUGUACAUUUCAAGAGUGUUGAUUUGCUUUGUGAAGAACUGUCUUUGAUGGGGAUUGAAAUUACAGCUGAUGCAGAUCAUCAAUAGAUUCUUUUAUUUGAUUUUCUCUGUAUACAAAAAUCCUUUGCCUGUUGGAAUUUGGAAAGGAGACAUGAUUGCAUAUUCAAUCAACAACUGUUUUUCUUGUUGGUAAAUAGAUAAAAUGAAAAAAACUUUUCUUGUUGAUCUCAAUUAGGAGAAUUGAUACAAUUUUUCUUUGGUUCUCAAGUUAAGAAAUUCCAUCAAA